GACAACUGCCAGUGGCGGAGCCGGCCCGAGCUGCCCUCGGUGUCCGGCGUGGGCUUCACCAACUGCAGGAACAAUUGCUACCUCAAUGCCGUGUAUCAGUGCCUUCUCCACACACCCUUGCUGCGGGACCAUGUGCCCUCCGCGUGCUUGCACACGAAGGACAUGUGGCUCGCCGAGUUCGCAGGACUGUACAGGCUUGUGGACGAGGCGAGAAGACGGAAAGCCAGCUGUGUGGAUCCGCCCAAGAUCCUCAGCAGGCUCAUCGCCGAGGCCAGCGACGAGUUCACCCUGGGCCGCCAGGCAGAUGCCCACGAGGCCGUGAUGCUGCUCAUAAACAAGUGGGUGGAGGGCUGCUUGGCGUCGGGCGACGGCACCCGCGCGGACUGCUCGAGGCUGGGAUACCCAGAGAAGGAGCAGCUGGAGGCCAACAGCCUCAUCGGCCACGUGUUCGGCCAGGUCUCGGGGCAGACGACGUCGUGCGCCUCGUGCCCCUACGAGUCGCACAUGGGCCGCGUGGAGUACUGCGUGUGCCUCAACGUGUCGAUGGGCAUGUCGCAGGAGCGAGUGCGCCCGAUGUCCUGGCGCAGCUCCAGGCCUGGCGCCGCUGGCCCUCCCGCAGCAGCGGCUCCGGGUCCGGCGUCCGCCCGGCCACCCUGGAGGGGCUGCUGGACGACGAGUACACACGGCGAGAGCACAUCGCCGACUUCAAGUGCGAGAAG